UAAGAUGUUGAUAAAGUUUAUCCUAAAGAAGAACAUUGGGAUUUCCUUUACAGGCUUAAAUCAAACAGCUGUAUGUUUAACCAAUCCAUGUGCUCUUUCGGAGGGUGUUGUUCUGUCCAAAGUCUCAGGGUCAGACACUUGAGCUUGCUGACCCACACCAGACAGAUCAACAACUACUAUCUAACCAGCACUGUUCAGAAUAGCUUAAACCUUUUAAACCGUCAUAGAUCAGCUGGUCAUAGUGAACAGGUGUGAUAUUGGGGGCCGUUAUGAGUGGUAAGAGCCUCUUACUGAAGGUCAUUCUGCUGGGGGAUGGCGGCGUGGGGAAAAGUUCCCUCAUGAACCGCUACGUGACCGAUCGCUUCGAUUCCCAGUCCUUCCACACCAUCGGCGUGGAGUUCCUCAACCGUGACCUCGAAAUAGACGGCAGGUUGGUCACCCUCCAGAUUUGGGACACGGCGGGCCAGGAGCGCUUCAAGAGCCUGCGCACUCCCUUCUACCGCGGGGCGGACUGCUGCCUGCUCACGUUUGCCGUGGAUGACCUGCAGAGCUUCCAGAACCUGGGCUGCUGGAAGAAAGAGUUCAUGUAUUAUUCUGACGUACGAGACCCCGAGCGCUUUCCCUUCGUGGUGCUCGGAAACAAGGUGGACAAGGAGGAACGCGAGGUCGGGGAAGACGAGGCCAGGGCGUGGUGCGAGGAGAACGGCUGCUGUCCUUAUUUUGAGACCAGCGCCAAAGACGACACCAACGUGGGGGCUGCCUUCGAGGCAGCGGUUCGGGAGGUUCUGGCCGGCGAGGACACGAUUGACCACGCCCUGUUGAGUAGCACCAUCGAUCUUCAUGGAAACCGGAAAGCGGCUCGCUCUUUCUGCUGUUGAGGUGCCUUCAGAUUGGCCUCACGAACAUAAACUCUCUUGUUUUACGCGCUCGAGAGCUUUAUGUGUAGGUACAAACACGCAGGUAGCCAGAUGCAUGGCUGCUCCUGUAACACGGUGAUGUGGUCCUAUGUAACAUGUAUGUAACAGUAAAGGUAUUUUAAACGUA